AUGGUCGGUAAAGACUGUGUGGCCAUAGCCUGCGAUCUACGUCUCGGCCUCCAGGCCCUCACUGUCUCGAACAACUUCCCCAAGAUCUUCAACUAUGCUCCCUCAGUAUUCCUGGGCCUUACUGGUCUGGCCACGGAUGUACAGACUGUCAGCGACACCUUCCGAUACAAAGUCAACAUGUAUCGGCUACGAGAAGAACGCAACAUUUCACCGCAGACACUGGCCAAUCUUGUAAGCAGCAGCCUGUACGAGAGACGAUUUGGCCCUUGGUUUGUCUCCCCGGUACUUGCAGGUAUCAAUCACACCACGGGGAAGCCCUUCAUCUGCGGAUUCGACAGUAUUGGGUGUAUCGACUUCGCAAAAGACUUCAUUGUGGCCGGCACGGCGAGCGAUCAGCUGUUCGGAACGUGUGAAGGAUUAUGGGAGCCAGACUUGGAACCAGAAGAUCUCUUCGAAACCAUCUCACAAGCACUUCUAAAUGCCGUCGACCGGGACGCUCUCUCUGGUUGGGGUGCGCAUGUCUACAUCAUCGAGAAGGACAAGGUCACCAAACGAUUACUCAAAGGCCGGCAAGAUUAG